AUGAGCGAAUCGCCUAUAAAUAGCUCUUCCUCGAGUGCAAAAAAUAACAAAAUCAGUGAAAAUAAUGCGGAAGAUUCAGCUGCGCCCUUCCAAAGCGGCCUUUCCUUUCAAGUUCCAUCCAAAGCCUCGUCCAACAUUUUAGUCCUUAGCUACGAUUGCUUAGAAGGAAUAUUCUCACUUCUGAGCUUACAAGAUCAGUUGAGUUUUUCGCGUUCCAAUCGCAAAAUAGAACGGAUGUACAGGAACUACGCCCAGAGGAAGUACAAACACAUCACUAAAUACAUCUACCACACCCUCGAGGAAUCUGAUCUGGAAUAUCUAGUGGAACAAGUCAACGAGGAUUUAAUCAGCUAUGAGUCAUAUGUGUAUGCCUCUUCCCGAGCCGAGGAGGAGUUGCGGUUACUAAGAAUGCACUGCCCUAUGCUGCGGCGCCUCAAGAUGACUUUCAGUCGACCCCAUUGGGAGGACUUGAUCCAAUUGAAGAAUUUAAACACUCUUGAUGCCUUUUUAGAGUUUAGUAGCACUAAUGACUAUGAGAAGUUCUUCUUUAAUCUAUCAGAGAACCUACCGUGUCUGAGGAAGCUAGUCUUGGAAGCUCCCGACAACAAUGGGAAAGGACUCCACGUGCUGGAGAACCUAGAGCAUCUAGAGAUAGAUGACUUUUCCGAAUUAGAUGCCAAAUACCUGACCGAUUGCUUCAUCAAGAUGAAAAAUCUGCACUUUCUUAAAAUGGGAAUGUGGAACCCAUACCUGACCAACGAAAACUUAUCCGCGAUUGUCGCGAACUGCCGGAACUUGGAAACGCUUGAGUUCACCGGCAACAAACUCAUCAAUAAUGUGGAACUCGAAAGGGUUUGUGAGCUGCCCUGCCUGAAGCACUUAAUAGUGAACCUUCAAAGACUUGAAAGGCCGGGUUUGAUCGAGGGACUUGUACAGAACUAUGGGUAG